AACGUUGCGAGUAUUAAAAGACGGAGGAAGUAUAUGUUUAGUUGUGUUACUUGUGUAUAGAAUGUGUUGCAACUGGAUAUGCUAUUAGUGUCGUUUCAAAACUUAAAUACACCACUCUCACUCCAAAGAGCAUAUUACUCCAUGAAGUUUAUAAUAAUAAUAAUCCAACUUGCAAUACUGGUUUGCAUAUUUUUCAACAGGUCUAGAACCAUAUUGAGAAGAAUUUUCAAAGGAGAUUAUUCAUAUUAAAAAGUGAGCAUUACUAAAGUUAAUUAGGCUAUACGAUCAAGAGUAUCAAAAGACUAUGUAGAAUGCAGUACUUAUCUCUGUGAAAAGAGAAGAUUUCCACAGGAACUACCGCAUUUUCCAAGACAAGCUUUCCUCUGAGGAUUCAACUUAGGAGCUGCAUGCACACAAGGUGUUCGAUAAAUUGGCUAAGUCACUUUUGAAUUUUGAUCCAUGCUCAAACCAGGUAAAAAUGUAAGUAAGGAUGAGAUAAGCAUGCUUACGGAACGAAAAUGGUCCCCAUUGAAGCACGAUAGGCACAUGAGUGAUUCCCCGAGCUAACGGUAAACCAGACUGAUUAGUAAGAAAUGCAGACCUGCAAAAUCCGGAUGUGUACAAAAGUCAGCCAAGUAGAUAGGGAUUGGAUAAAUAGUUUGUACUCCGUAAUUGUUUGGUGUGAUAUAGUUGUAUAGAUACUUGUUCUAACUGUUUUGUUAGAUAUUGGUUGUUUAGGCUAGUUGUUCUAGCAGUUUUGUUCUAUCUAGGAGAAGAGGAGAGUCCUUCUUUUAGAUGGAGGAUAGGUUGUAAUUAUUACGUACAUUUUGAGAAAUAUACUUCUUUACUUGAAAAAAAGAAAAAAAAAUGCAGACCUGCAAAGUCCGGAUGUGUUAUUGUUAGAGAGCACACUUAUGCUGUAUUGCUUGAAUUCUCGGGUUGGCAACUGAGCCAUACAACACUGAUAGCCAUAGCAUCUGCUACUUCCUCUUAAAACAGCUGCAGGUGGAUUCAGGGUACAAACGGAGGUGCAUCCUUUUAUGAUUCCACCUGUCUCAUUGUACAAUAAAGCGUAUCCUUGACAUCCCACUGAUGCGAGAACAUUACCAUAUGUUGAAUAUUUGAAGGAAGAAUUGGCGAGGUUGGGGCUCGUCCACAUAACUUUUGUACUAGUACAUGCAGUUAUUGAUGGAUAUUUUACAAUAACCGUACCCUCUGACAUCUUAGUAAUUGGUAGAAAAAUCUCAAUAAUUUCUAGGUUUGAGUAUCUUAAGAAAAGGUUUUAAUUCUGAAGAGGAAGAGUUACAUGACACGGAAAAAUAGGGGUCUAAGGAACAAUGGUUUGGCCCCAUACCAAACGGGUAUGGAAUUGAAAUGUUUCCACAUUGGUGUAUGCAAUCUGGAUCUUGACGUUGCUCAGAUGUUGUACAUAAAAAUGAAGAAAUAAUAAUUGAGCCAAAGAAUAAUGAGUAUAAGCUCUGGAGUUUCAUUUUGGUUUCUUAACAAAUUCCAAGGUUAAUUUACAGUUAUUCCUAGCUUGUAUUGUUAUCAAGUGCCGUGUUUUCCUUUUCUUUCGGGUGCCGUUAAUUAAUGAUGUGAAAUUAAAGAUCAAUAAACUUUGGUAAGAGUAGUUAUUUUUUUUCAUUCACAAAAUCAGUCUUGUUUUUGUUUAAUUAAUAUAAUAUAAUAUAAUUAUAAUAUAAUUUGGUGAAAGCCACUAUAGAAGGGUCUCUAACUAAGUUUGAAACUUUGGUCAUUUCAUACGGUUUGAAUCAAGUUUAACCCGGGAAAACGUUAUUCACAUGCUGAUGAUUGAGACUUGGGUAGAGAUAUGAUAUUGUGGUGGAGAAUGGAGAGUGGAGGUUAUGGUCUUUGCUUGUGUGUGAAUAGGAAGAGUAGUAACUAGUGUGAGUUAGUGUUGUCCACAAAACUUAUUUAACGAUUGACUUGGGUAGGGAUAUAAAUUUGUUUUUUAUAUUUUGGUCGCUGCGAAGACAAUUAUGCAAUGUAAAUAUUUAAUAUGGUGCCUGGUAGUGAUGGUGAUUGUGGUCUUAAUUAGCUUCUGUGAGAAUAGGAAGAAUAGUUCAAAUAAGGCGAUACUAAUAGAUUUUAGGGUGACAUUCACCAACUUGUCAUCAUCAUUAGCAACAAAAAACAACACGGUACUUGAUGAUACAGAUCGAGUGCAUUUCAUCAAGUCCAGCCUCUGAAAUCUGAAUUCAUUGAGAAGCUAGCCAAAAUGAAAUCAAUUAAUAACUCAUAUUCAUUAUUCGGUUUAAUAAUUUUCAUGUUUUGUUGUUCUUGGAGAAUAUCUAAGCAAGAUCAAGAUACAAAAUGCAUACACCAGUGCGGAAAUGUUACAAUCCCCUACCCGUUUGGUAUUGGUCCAGACCAUUGUUUCUUAGACCCCUAUUUUGCCGUCUCUUGUAAUGCGUCAAUUCCAUUUCUAAACAAACUCAACCUGGAGAUUCUCGAGGUGCGUAAGUCAAGUAAUUCAGUAAUUGUUAAGAUCCCAUCGGUUACUGCAUGUGGUGAUACAGAAAUACGGUGGAACAGUCCUAACUUAUAUGGUGCACGCAACCUUUUCUACGGGGAUUCAAAUGUAUUUGUAUCAGUUGGGUGCCAUGGAUAUGCCUUAUUGUACGAUAGUUUUGGUAAGAUGUAUGGAUGUACUUCAGUUUGUUCUCCUCAUCAGAACGAUUCCAAUUCGACAUCAUCAGCAGAGAUGAUAGAUCAAUGUUAUGGCUAUAACAAUUGUUGCCGAAUUCACUUGUCUGUGUACGGAAAUUAUCGUAUAACUGUAAGUGUACAAAAUGGAGCAGGCCAUUGCAGGUCGGCUUUCUACACAAGUCCUGAGUUUUUGGCAACCGUUACAUCAACUAUACCACCAAUAUCUGCCUUCCCGGUCAUGCUCGAAUGGCGUCCUAAAUAUCCUGCAUAUGCUCUGAUACUGAACUUCUUGAUAAGCUACAUCUUGCCAAUUGUAAUUCCAGUGACGUUGUCAUGCUACGUUGUUGGGCAAUGCUGGUGGUGUAAAACAAAAAAUAGAAGAAAGGGGACAAAGCUUAGAAAGAAAUAUUUCAAGGGAAAAUUAGAAGAAGAAAGGUUUAACCAAGAAGAAGUUGAGAAAACUAAACUCUUUACAGAAAAGGAGUUAAAGAAAGCAACAGACAACUUCAACGCAAAUCGCAUAAUUGGUAAAGGGGGUCAAGGUACUGUCUACAAAGGAAUACUAAAUAAUGGGAAACUUAUUGCUGUUAAACGAUCAACCUCGUUGAGUGAGGGAAAAUGGAAAGACUUCAUUAACGAGGUAAUUAUCCUUUCUUACGUGAACCAUAGAAACGUAGUAAAGUUGCUUGGAUGUUGUUUAGAAACCAAAAAUCUACUUUUAGUGUAUGAGUUUAUCCCGAAUGGGACUCUUUAUGAACUCAUUCAUAGUCUUAAUGAAGAGUUUCGAAUAACUUUGGAAAUUCGCCUGAGAAUUGCAUCUGAAGUUUCCGCGGCCAUUGCUUAUCUACAUUCAUCAACUUCAACUCCUAUCUACCACCGAGAUAUAAAAUCUAGCAACAUACUUUUGGAUCACAAGUAUAAAGCUAAAUUAUGUGAUUUUGGAAUUUCAAGAGCAAUCAGUAUGGACGAGUCCCAUUUAACAACUUGUGUACAAGGGACACUUGGUUAUCUUGAUCCUCAAUAUUUCCAUUCAAGGCAAUUCACCGAAAAGAGUGAUGUUUAUAGUUUUGGAGUAGUUCUUGUUGAAAUUCUAACAGGAAAGAAGCCAAUCCUCGAAACUUCAGAGGGUACAACGAGUUUGGUGAUGCAAUUUAUGGAAUUUUCUGCUUUAUAUGAGAUGCUGGAUCCUAUAAUAUUAGAGAGUAAGAUUAUGAUGGAAGAAAUAAUGUUAGUUGUAAAUCUUGCAAAGCGUUGUUUGCACCCUGAAGGAGAUGGAAGGCCAACCAUGAUGCAAGUGGCCAUAGAAUUAGGGUGUUUGAUGCAAAAGGUAUAUGCUAAAUUAGCCGAUUCAACAAAAGAUCAAAGUGAAGACAUUAUUUCUAUGAAAACUCACUUUGAAUCCAUUUAAGUUUCCAUGGUAUCAAAUUGUCGAUAUAUGUAAAAGGAGUUGGUUAAUCUCAUGCUUUGCAAUUAACUUUCUCUAUGUGGCGUUUAUCAUCUUAUUGAGCCGAUGCUAGCUUUGUAAUUUGCUCUCUAUCAACUCAGUUUGCAUUA